UGCCUGCGGAGGCUGCCUUCCUCUCGUCCUAAGUUCCGGUGCUGGUGCUGCCGGAGCGUUCCGCGAACACCCACGCGCGGCUCGCGGCAGCCCUCCUCGCACUCGGCGCUUCCGACUGCGGGUGGGCGAGUGCCCGCGUUUUUCCUGCGGCGAGGGGCGAAGCGGAGGCCGUUCCAGGCCCUCCGGCCGGGCGCGGGGCAGGCGCGCACAUCGCUCGCCAUCCGGGGCGCGCGUGGGCCUCUCGAGACCCCAGCGGCGACCCGUAGCUCGGGCGCGCGCCUGUCGCAGCCCGCAGGAAGGAGGCGGCCUGAGGCCCGGGGCGGCGGCCGCCAUGGAGAUCCCCUCGGCCCAGGGCCGGUGCCUGGGGCCUCGGGAGCGGCCCUGACCGUCCUCCUCCCCGCCCGGGCCGGGUCACAGUUGUGCCCCCGGCGGCGCUCGGCCACCUCUGUGUCUCCGCCCUCGCUGGGUCGCGCUGCUGCCUGGGCGCGGCGGCGGCGGCGGCGCCCUGUUGAAUGGGCUGUGAGGGCCCGGGUCUGAAGUGCUGGCGGACGCGGCCUCCGGGGGCGCAAGGCAGCAGCAGCGGUGGCGACCAAACGGGUGUUGGAGUUGGCGGCGGCCAUGGAGGGCCUGGCUGGCUAUGUGUACAAGGCGGCCAGCGAGGGCAAGGUGCUCACUCUGGCUGCCUUGCUCCUUAACCGGUCGGAAAGCGAUAUCCGCUACCUGCUGGGCUAUGUCAGUCAGCAGGGAGGACAGCGCUCCACACCUCUCAUCAUCGCAGCCCGCAACGGGCACGCCAAGGUGGUGCGCUUGCUGUUAGAACACUACCGUGUGCAGACCCAGCAGACUGGCACCGUCCGCUUCGACGGGUAUGUCAUUGAUGGUGCCACUGCUCUUUGGUGUGCUGCAGGAGCCGGACAUUUUGAAGUUGUUAAACUUCUAGUCAGCCAUGGAGCCAACGUGAACCACACCACAGUCACUAACUCAACCCCACUGCGGGCAGCAUGCUUUGAUGGCAGACUGGACAUUGUGAAAUAUUUGGUUGAAAAUAAUGCCAAUAUCAGCAUUGCCAACAAGUAUGACAACACCUGUCUAAUGAUCGCAGCAUAUAAGGGGCACACUGAUGUUGUCAGAUACCUUUUAGAGCAGUGCGCUGAUCCCAACGCUAAGGCACACUGUGGAGCCACAGCAUUGCACUUUGCAGCUGAAGCUGGUCACAUUGACAUCGUGAAAGAACUGAUAAAAUGGCGAGCUGCAAUAGUGGUGAACGGCCAUGGGAUGACACCGUUAAAAGUAGCUGCCGAAAGCUGUAAAGCUGAUGUUGUUGAACUGUUGCUUUCUCAUGCCGAUUGUGACCGCAGAAGUCGGAUUGAAGCCUUGGAGCUUUUGGGUGCUUCCUUUGCAAAUGACCGUGAGAACUAUGACAUCAUGAAGACAUACCACUAUUUAUAUUUAGCCAUGUUGGAGAGGUUUCAGGAUGGUGACAACAUUCUUGAAAAAGAGGUUCUCCCACCCAUCCAUGCUUAUGGGAACAGAACUGAGUGUAGGAACCCCCAGGAACUGGAGUCCAUUCGGCAAGACAGAGAUGCUCUUCACAUGGAGGGCCUUAUAGUGCGGGAACGGAUUUUAGGUGCUGACAACAUUGAUGUUUCCCACCCCAUCAUUUACAGAGGGGCUGUCUAUGCUGAUAACAUGGAGUUCGAGCAGUGCAUCAAGUUGUGGCUUCAUGCGCUACACCUCAGGCAGAAAGGUAAUAGGAACACCCACAAGGAUCUCCUUCGAUUUGCUCAAGUCUUCUCCCAGAUGAUACACCUCAACGAAGCUGUGAAGGCCCCGGACAUAGAAUGUGUUCUGAGAUGCAGUGUUUUGGAAAUAGAGCAGAGUAUGAACAGAGUUAAAAAUAUCUCCGAUGCUGACGUCCACAGUGCCAUGGACAACUAUGAGUGUAACCUCUAUACCUUUCUGUACCUGGUGUGCAUCUCCACCAAGACACAGUGUAGUGAAGAAGACCAGUGUAGAAUUAACAAGCAGAUCUACAACCUGAUUCACCUGGACCCCAGAACACGGGAAGGCUUCACCUUGCUACACCUGGCUGUCAACUCGAACACACCAGUUGAUGAUUUCCACACCAACGAUGUCUGCAGCUUUCCCAACGCACUGGUGACAAAGCUCCUGCUGGACUGUGGUGCUGAGGUGAACGCCGUCGACAACGAGGGGAACAGUGCCCUCCACAUUAUCGUCCAGUACAACAGGCCCAUCAGUGACUUUCUGACCCUGCACUCCAUCAUCAUCAGCCUUGUGGAGGCCGGCGCUCACACCGACAUGACUAACAAGCAGAACAAGACCCCCCUAGAUAAAAGCACGACUGGGGUGUCCGAGAUUCUACUGAAAACGCAGAUGAAGAUGAGCCUCAAGUGCCUGGCUGCCCGAGCAGUUCGGGCUAAUGACAUUAACUACCAAGACCAGAUCCCCCGGACUCUUGAAGAGUUUGUUGGAUUUCAUUAAGUGACUGGAUGUGUAAAAUCGUUUAAUGUGGUGCUAAAAAGUAAAGGACUUUAAUCACAGACAAUAGAAGUAUGUGUUCAUAGGUUGUCCUUUUCUUUCCAUUCCCUGCAGCCCAUCCGUCCUUGGUUCCCUUUGGCUCUUGUCUCAUGUAUUGAUUUCAGCACACUAAACAGAGCAGCACUGUUCAGGUAUAACUGGAAGGUGUUUGGACAGUUCUUGGUUUCUUUUUCAUUUUUUUUAAAGGAAUGAAUGUAAGAUAUUUUGUGUAAUAGGGGGCAUUUGUGAUUUGAAAUUGAUGAUGUUUUAAACAGCUGCCGACAAAAGUAUUUCUGUUAAGCUGAUGUCAGCAUGUCAUCUGUGCAGCAGUUUUGAGGAUUUCAUGAAGAAAAUGAACUAAAAAGGAACAUUGAGAGCAAUGGGAGAUGCUCAUGCCCUGCGUGGAUGGUUCUCACUCUCAUUGUGUGUGCAGAAUGAUACAGCACAUUUUACACCAGGAGGACUUGAAACACUUAGCUACUGAUUAAUCAUCUGGAGAUUAUGUGCAGUUAUUGUUGGAAAGUUGAAUUCAUGGAAAUGAUUGCAUUCUGCUGGGUAGUGUCUUCUAACUGGUGAUCUUAGCUCAACCUUGUGGACAUUGCUAGACUCCACCCUUAGUCUUGUUUUCCGGUCUCUGUUGUAAUGAUGGAUCUAAAUUGCAGUCAUGCAUUUGAUUUUUGGCUCACAGCCCUAAAUAAGGAGCACGCUGUAUUAUGAAACAUUGUCAUAGUAUAGCUAGAUUGUCUGUUUGUCCCCUUUUAGCCCUUUCUUCUUGUGUUGUGUCUUUAAAAAUUUGGAAACUGCCUUUCCAGAGGACAUUUAUUUCUGUCUCCCUGUUAGGUGUAAGAUGAAUGAGGACACACUUCUGAUGUCUUUAGUCCAUUGUAAGCUGUAGGAAAACCAGGAGUAGGGUAUAGGAAAUGAAGUAUUUGAUGAGGAAAAUGAUUCUCAAUGCCACACAGAAGGUAUAUCUCAGAGCUGCAGACUUUUCUACCACAGAAUGUGGUACUGAGGUCUUUUUUUGCUUUCUUAUAUCAGCAACAUUUCAAUUCUCAAGAGUAUUCUGUGAUUUUUCUCUUGAAGUUGAAGGAACACCUGCUUCUACUGAUGCUGGGAAUGAUAAUGAAAGUAAAACUAGUUGUUCUGUAAUUUUUCUCUAGUGCCAAAUGAAUGCCUGAGCUACCCCUAGUGCAUGGUACCGUAAGUGGAGACACGCAGCUUCUUGUUUUCCUUUAGUGAAAAGCGUUGUCAUGAUGCAACAUCAGAUAUAAACUUUAAACAACCUGUAAGAUUUCACAAACAUUUUACCUGUGGAUAUUGCUUUUUAAAAUGGACAAGGAAGGUUGCAGUUGGAACAGCAUAAAACAUGAUCAAGCCAAAAUCAGCACCUAGGGCCUUAACAGAGAUACCCCACAAAAUGAACUACCUGGGAGGGCAGGAGAGACUUGAUGAACUUCCUCCUCUGAGGGUCGAGACACAGUUGCUGUCAUUGUGCUUCGUGUGUGUUCUUGCUUCAGUUGGGAGUGUUUGGAUGGUGAAUUCUUCCAUGGUAAUAGAUUUCUGUGUUCCCAACUUGAGAGUUUACAAGGAAGGCUUUCCUGAUGGCUUAAAGGGAGGUGUUGGAAUGACCCUAAUUUGGGAACUUCUGACCUUGACCCUCCUGACAUGACUCAAGGAGAUUCUGUCUCUACUUGCUCUGGCAGCUCUCAGUGGCCUGGAGGAGAUGACACACUGCACAGGUGAGUCAGUCUUGCCUCUGCCCAGGCUCAGGUCAGGUCUUUCCUUUUUAGACUCGAAGGCCUGAAACGGAGGACGGACGGUGAGGAAUAGCUGUGACACUUAGUAUUCAGUUGGUUCCGUUUUUUAAUGUGUGUGGUUUUAAGCACCCAAACUUAAAAUAUCAGAUAAUGUUGCAUGUUUUAAAAACAUUUUUUCCCCUUCACUACCCAGGACCAACACUGUUCUAGAUAUUAUAUAUGAGGAUAAUGAUAAAUAUGUCCAUAUCAGAGAUGGAAUUAAGGACAGCUUUGAAGGGGGAAGACAGUGCUGAUGAUGGGGAGCAAACUGAGCCAUGCUGGUGGUAAACUGGCUAGAUUUAUUUAAACUGUAGCUGCACAUUGUGCACUCUGGCUGAGGGUCUACUUCUGUCUGUAACGGUCACCCCACAUUUGCAUUGGGGAGCACCUGUAUAAAGCCAUUAUUGGAAGAAGUGAUCUUCAUGCCUGUUUUUUCCAUCAUUUGUUUUUGGUCGAAUUCUUUAAAAAUAAGCUCAGCCAAAUGUUCCAUAAACUUUUGUUAUUAAAGAAAAAUAAGUAGGUGUGGAAAGUGGUAGCUCUGUAGCUAGCUCCCUGGGCUGUCUCCCGCAGCCCUGGCUGUCGUUUGUUAUUGGUAGACUCAUGCUUUGAAUUCGAACUCUUUCUUAGCAACGUUAAUGAUUUCCCAGAACACUUCUCUGUCGUGUAAAUUGUCACGUAAAUUUGGAUGAGCCAGGAGUGCAGGAGGGUGUCUUCCACUUCUGCAGUUAGGAAGUGAACACUUGCGUGUCAGUGACUAACUCCAGUCUGGGCCGCAAACCCAUCCCCUUCCUUGCUGAAGAAGGGGUAACUGACUCCGACACCGUAGUUUUUAUAGUCCACCCUGAUCUCUGACAGCCCCACCACCUGCAGGUUCCCCGCUGUGGGCUUUGCUUUUGCUAGUUUCUGAGAAGGGUUUUGAUCUCAUUAUACCAAUAGUUGAUAAAUGGUGACUGGGAGGACUUGAGCAUUGUUUGAGUGGUAUCAACUAUGAUUUGGGAGCAAUGUCUCCCUAAAGGCAACAUGGUAUUAGACAAAUGCUUCUGAAAAUUCAAGUUCCAGAGAGCAGUUCUGUGUUAACAGCAUUUUUCUCCUCAAAAUCAGGCCGCUUUGGAUAAUCCAAGCAGAAGAGCUUCCUUAUUCUUGGAGUAGGGCAGCCAGAGGAGAGAGUUGUCUGCCCUAUGCUGGUUGAGAAGUGGCCAGUGGCUGAACUCUGAGUAGGUGGAUGAAAGUGUCUAUAUAUACUUCAUGAGAACAGUUAUAAAAAUCUGAAGUGUUCUUUAUCAGCUCCCCAGAUGUCAGUGUGCUCAGGAGCACACCCUUCUCACUGACAAGACUUCCUGCUACGGUAAUAGAGAGGAGUAAAACCUUCAACUCCGUCUUUUGCUCUCUGAACUGAUUUCAGUCCAGAUUCUAAGCUGUGCCCACUCCUACUUUGAAAGUGCACAGCUCCAUUCUGAAUACCAUCAGACAGUCCCUCACCAUGUACAUACACAGAGGGGCUUCCUUAGACAUUUCUGAUAGAUAGACCUGCCCAGAUCUUGAGAUGGGCCAGGGCAUAUGCUAUACCCUUUGCCAACCCUGGGAUCUGGAAUAAAUCCUACAGUGACAAUGCUGAUACAUUGACUUUUCCAAUGUAAAGUAAAUGUGGUCUCUAGUCCUAGGUUUGUGGAGUGUACCUUUGUGUUAAUGUAUUGGGAAGGGACAGCGGCUUGAUGGUUAUGGGGAGUAUAUCUUUGGUGUGUUGGCAGGGGUGACUGCUGCUAAAUUACUGUCAGCUUUCCUUUAGGGGUGAAUCAUGGGAUGAGUGGCCUCACCAGAAAAAUGAAGGCAUGAGGAUGCAAGCCUGCAAGGCGAGGAAACAGACAGGUUUUGUAUCUCUUUCUUAUUGGGUGUUGUAAAAUGUGUGCAUGGCUUUUGUUGUUGUUGUUGCUCAGUAAUUGGUAGAGGAGAAAAGAUGAAGGGACCCUCCCCCCAGCUUUCCUACCCAGUCUUUUCAGAGGUCCAUAGCUGGGGAGUAACAUCUGGCCGUAACCUGUUGGGAAGACCCUGUCCUUUGUAAUGUUCACCGCAUCCUGCCGUCCUCCGGGCAGAGGAGCUACAUAGUUGCAGUCUAGUAAUUCACCACGGUUUAUUACAAGCCAGUGACGUCAUUCUGUCGUGCACUCUUGUCAAGCCGUUUAUGUGACUUGAAUAAGCAUAGUAACCUUGCUGACUGCACCCGAGGUCUAUCAGUGAUUUAUAUAUUGCAUGAUGUCUUCUGUUUGAGUUUGACAUGUAGAAUCACUUUUGAUUUCAUGGCAAUUGACAGUCCUAAUGGCUCAGCUAAUUUGAAACUAACAACUUUGCUGUGUAAAAGGAACAAUGGUGUUGUGUUCAGUAAAUGUUUGAAAAAAAAGUA